GUUAAUGUGCAUGCGACAUUCUCGCAAACGGUGAGAUUACAUGGUCGAUUGAUCCCACAUCGCGUCGGACACCAUGCAGCAAUUCCCGUAUCCUCGGAAGAGCUCCACGGCACACGUCUACGCGACCAACACACGCCCCUCGACCGACCACAACCGCCGCCGUCUGCUGAAGCGCUAUGCGCCUCCGUGCCUCGCUGUCCUGGCCAUCCUCUGGCUGCUCACACGUCUGUUUCCCGGAGCUCCGCCCUCGACGUAUGUUCCGCCUGGCACGCCGCCCGUCGUCGUAGUCACCACCCUCGAUCCCAAACUGCCCGAGUCGCACCGCGAAGCGAUCAAGGAGAACCGCCGCGCCUACGCCCAGCGACAUGGCUACGCUACAUUCUUCGCCAACACCACCGACUACGAUCUGAUGGAUAAGACGCCGCAGUCCUGGGCCACCAUUCCUGCCCUCCGUCACGCCAUGACCACUCAUCCGCACACCCCAUGGCUUUGGUAUCUCUCCUCCGAAUCGCUCAUCAUGGUUCCCGAUCGAUCACUUUUCACCGCGGUCCUCAACCCCGCCACUCUCGAGCCCCUCUUGAUCAAAGAUCAGCCCGUCGUGCCCCCAGACAGCGUCAUUCGUACCUUCUCACACCUCGCGCCCGACGCCAUCAGCCUCAUCAUAUCUCAGGAUGCCGAAGGACUUGCCAGCGGAUCCAUGCUCAUUAGGACGGGAGAAUGGGCGAAGUUCUUCUUGGAUGCUUGGUUCGAUCCUCUCUAUCGCAGUUACAACUUUCAGAAAGCAGAGGGACAUGCAUUGGAGCACCUCGUCCAAUGGCAUGGGACUAUUCUCGCCAAACUCGGGCUAGUACCGCAGAGGGUGAUGAACAGCUACACCAAAGAGGCCAAGGAGGGACGGGAACAAGGACUAUACCAAGAAGGCGACUUGGUCGCCAACUUUCAUGGCUGUCAAAGAGACCAUCAGAGGAGCUGUCAAGAAGAAAUGGCCCCACUCAUCUCGAGACAGAGAGAACUCAGAGAGCUAGAGAGUGGGCGGUAACAUCAUCUGUCGAGAGACUCAGGUAUCCGAUGUGAUGUAAUUGCCCGCCUCUGAUUACCUAUAUGAGAGUUUGCGGCAAGACGAUAUCUUACAGGACCUGCUUGCUGCGGCACUUCACACGAUUCCAAGAAGGAGGUGGUCGAAUUGCCAAGACAUGAACAAGCAGGUCGCUUCGGCGUCUUCACCACUCAGCAACAACAGACGAGCGCAUGGGCUAGUCAUUCCGCAACUAGCUAAGCCCCACUACCACCAACUGCACAUUUUGUGCUAGGCAAGCCGAAGAAAAACCGUCAUCUUGUUUCGUUCGUGAAUCACGAGGUCUAGUUGGGGCCCCUCUCAAAUAUGAUCAUGAUUCUCAGGGAAUUUCUCUGCAGCAAUGCGCGCCAUCAUCCAUGCCAUCCGUUUGGGGAAUAGUUGUGCCCUAGGAUAAUAUGGGCUGGGUCGGAAUUUCGUAAAGUUCCACACCCCGCUCCACCGGAAAAUCCAAUAUACUACUCAGGAAGAUGAGAGGGCCAAGAGAGCAGUGUAGAAAUAUAUCACGAAUCGUCCGGACUGUCCUCGUGGUAGAAUUUUCUCAGCAGUGUUUCGGCCUCCUUAAAGUCCUUCUCCGCCUGCUUAAUCGACUUCUCACAGCUCUUCAAGCUUACUUCAUCAUCUUCCACGUCUUUGUUGCCAGUUUCAUCCUUUCUUGCACCAAAAUGUUGGAUCUUUUCGCAGGAGUCCUUGACUUUCGUGAGGCCCAGAGUCGCCGAGGAUCCCUUGAGAAAGUGUCCCAGCGCGGAGAGCUGUCCAAGAUCCUUGUCCUCGAGGCUUUUGUACAUGUUCUUAAACGUUUGGCCCGCUUGAUCGAAGAAAUCGUAGACUAUCGAUUUGCUGAACUCGCGCUCCUCCUCGUCGUCGUCCAUUUCGAGAAUCUGCUCAAAGGUGGCUUGGUCGAUCAAGUCGCCAAAGUCAUCGAUCGAGAUAAUCUCGUCCGUCUUCGGAUCCACGGCAGGCAUGGCGGGCAGCUGCUGCUGAAAACAGCGGUAAUGGGGGGUGGGGGCGGUGGUGAUGGUGGUUGAGAUGGUAGGAAAGGACGGCUAGGGUCGAUGGGCGGGUAGUGGGGUCGGAGGAUGCACUCCGGCUCUUGUCUGUCGGCGCAAAUGAGGUCGCCGGGCGGCCGAGAAACAGCGGAACAAGCGGU